AUGUCAAAGCCCUUAUACUCCGUGCCUGCACUAGUCAUCAUAUUCAUUACAUCUUAUGCUGAUAGUUCUGUUACAUCAUCAAUAUGUGCUCCUUCUAAUUGUGGCAACAUCUCCAUUCACUACCCUUUUUGGAGACGAUCCAAUACCAUGGUUGAAGAAUUUUGUGGUUAUCCAGAUUUUGGUCUUGAAUGCUUGGAAGACAAGGCCAUCAUCACUCUUCCAAGUGACACGUACUAUGUGAGAGAAAUAAACUAUGACAAUCAUUCAAUUACCCUUGUUGACAUAGAUGUUUUGAACGAACCAUGUCCAAGGGCACAACACAAUGUUUCCUUACACAACCUUCCUUUGUCUUUUAGCUCAUUGGAUGUGAAUCUUAGUUUCUAUUUCAAUUGCAGUUUAAACCCUUCAUCUGUUGAUCCAAUAGGGUGCUUUAGAAAUAGUUAUGAUAAGAAUCAGUCUUAUGUGUUUGUGGCUGGUGAGGAACCUGCUAGUGAUGGCCAUGAAUGGCUUAUGCAAUGUAAGGAUCAUGUUGUGGUGACAGUGCAACAAAAUGAGAUUGGAAGUGUUGGUUUGAUCACUGGGUUUGGUGCUGCUAUGAAGAAAGGGUUUGUGUUAGAUUGGAUGAGAGCUGAGGAUUGUGCUGAGUGCGAGAUCUCUGGUGGAAAUUGUGGAUAUGAUCAAAACUCUAAGCAAUUGAGAUGCAUAUGCAAAGAUGGUAGUGUGGUUGCCAGAAGUUGCAAAAAAGGUACACUUGUUUUAGCUUGCUGA